AUGAACUCGCUGUACACGCAAGGCGUGCGCCAGACGAACUCGAUCCAGGCCGACCUCGAACGCCUCCGGAAUGGCGAGAAGUCGGCGUCGCUGCUAGGGCAGAUCUCUGCGUCGCUGAGUGCGAUGCAUAGGACUAUCGAAGAUUACGACUCCAUGGCCAAGCGCGAAAUCAUUAAGGCGAAGCAGGAGAAGGCUGUAAUGCGCGUCCAAAAGUUCCGCACAGACUACGCAGAACUACGGGCACAGUUUGAGCGCGUGAAGUCAGAGCACGAAGCAGCGACGCGAGCCGAGCUCCUGUCUGGCGCAUCCUCAUCAACAACACCCCUCACACCCGCCCCUGGAGACACGCGGCGACGAUACGCGACGGGAGGGCCACAACCAGUGCCCGAAGAAAUAUCCGAGUCGCCCUUCCGCGGGUCCACACCCUUGAACAUGAACGGCACCUCGCGCGAACACCACGCGCUGCGCGAGCACUCAUUCAUCCAGAACACAGACACGCGCCUCGAUGAGUUUAUCGCGCAGGGCCGGGCGGUGCUGGACGACCUUGUCGACCAGCGGAACGUGCUGAAGGGCACGCAGCGGCGGCUGCUCGAUGCCGCAAAUACCCUUGGCCUCAGUAGGGACGUCAUUGGCUGGAUCGAGCGGCGGAGUACGCAGGAUAUGUACAUCUUCUUUGCGGGCGCGGUGUUCACAUUUAUCUGCUUCUACUUUAUAUGGAGAUAUCUGGGUUGAUUCUGGCGUCGGUUCUGCUCCCAUCCUUUGCUCCCGGACUUUGUAUAGUAGCUGGGUUACUAAUCUCAUACCUAUCGGUACUCUCU